CGCCAUUUAGCCUUCGGGAGUUUUACCACAGCUGCGGGAUAUUGGUGGCAACAAGUUUUACGAGGGGUGCCGCGGAAUUAAAAGAAAACGUUGACAUUUUGUCAUAGCACAAUAAUAAAGAAUUUCAUCGAAAUUUCAUCUCUCCCGAGUGGCGCCUACGAUUCAAUUCGACUUGAUUUUGUCAUUUUUUUGAAAAGAUCUGCUGAGGUGGAAGCUUUCCUAAAAGGAGAGAGAAGGUGGAAUUUGUACGAGAGAAGGAGCGAGACGCUUUUAUUAACUGCGCUUUUUCUUGUCCGAAAGUUUGCGCUGAUUUCUUUCCUGAUUUACUUUGAAUCCGCUCGCUUGGUGGAGUUUCGGUUGUGUCAUGCCGACGAGAAUGGAUGACAACAUGGAGCGUGGAACAGGUGACUCGAUCAAAGUGAAAGCUCACUACAAUGGAGACAUACUUAUCACUGAUUUUGAUCCUACGAUCACUUAUGAUGGGAUGUGCUCUGAAGUGAGGGAUAUGUGCAGUUUACAGCAGGAUCAACCUAUUACUCUGAAAUGGAUUGAUAAUGAAGGGGACCCAUGUACAGUUUCAUCCCAUAUGGAACUGGAGGAAGCAUUCCGUCUGUAUAACCAGAAUGGAGAGUCAGGCCUCAAUUUACAUGUUUUCCCGAGCAUUCCAGAAAAGCCAGGAAUGCCCUGCCCUGGAGAGAAUAAAUCAAUUUAUAGACGUGGCGCUAGAAGAUGGCGGAAGCUUUACUGUGUGAAUGGACAUUUCUUUCAGGCCAAACGUUUUAACAGGAAGGCUUACUGUGGACACUGCAGUGAAAGGAUAUGGAGUCUAGGCAGGCAGGGCUACAAGUGUAUCAACUGCAAGUUGUUGGUCCAUAAGCGCUGUCACAAACUUGUUCCUGUGACGUGCCAAAGGCAUAUGGAUCCAGUCAUGCCUUCCCCUGAACCAUCACUUGAUGACAAGACUGAUGAAGUUGACAUCCCUUCAGAAGAACCUGAUGGAAUUGUACCAUUCCUGCCACAUAGUCGGACUAAAUUAGACAGGGUCACAGAUGACUCAGAGGAUAUCAAGCCAGUGGUUGAUGGUGUCGAUGGAAUCAAGAUUUCUUCGGUGCUGGGUUUGCAAGACUUUGACCUUAUACGAGUCAUUGGACGUGGCAGCUAUGCUAAAGUUCUCCUUGUGCGCUUGAAGAAAAAUGACUGUAUAUAUGCAAUGAAGGUGGUAAAGAAGGAACUGGUCCAUGAUGAUGAGGAUAUCGAUUGGGUGCAGACAGAAAAGCAUGUGUUUGAGCAGGCCUCCAGUAAUCCAUUUCUGGUUGGUCUUCACUCAUGUUUUCAAACAGAAAGCAGGUUGUUUCUUGUUAUAGAAUAUGUCAAUGGAGGUGACCUUAUGUUUCAUAUGCAACGGCAAAGAAAGCUUCCUGAAGAACAUGCCAGGUUUUAUGCUGCUGAAAUUUGCAUUGCUCUCAACUUCCUUCAUGACAGAGGAAUCAUUUACAGAGAUUUGAAACUGGACAACGUUCUUUUAGAUUCUGAUGGUCACAUCAAAUUAACAGAUUAUGGAAUGUGCAAGGAAGGACUUGGCCCUGGUGACACUACAAGCACUUUCUGUGGCACACCCAAUUAUAUAGCACCUGAAAUAUUGAGAGGAGAGGAGUAUGGUUUCAGUGUAGACUGGUGGGCACUUGGCGUAUUGAUGUUUGAAAUGAUGGCUGGAAGAUCACCAUUUGACAUCAUCACUGAUAACCCAGACAUGAACACAGAGGAUUACCUGUUUCAAGUUAUUUUGGAGAAGCCUAUUCGAAUCCCUAGAUCACUUUCAGUAAAAGCAGCCAGUGUCCUAAAAGGAUUUUUAAAUAAGGACCCUAAAGAACGACUUGGGUGUAAUUCACAGACAGGAUUUGCUGACAUCCAGGCUCACACCUUUUUCCGUAGCAUUGACUGGGAACUGUUGGAAAAGAAGCAGGUGACUCCUCCAUUUAAACCACAGAUCACAGAUGACUACGGCCUGGAAAACUUCGACACUCAGUUUACAAGUGAACCUGUGCAGCUUACACCAGAUGAUGAAGAUGUAAUAAAAAGAAUUGACCAAUCGGAAUUUGAGGGCUUUGAAUAUAUUAAUCCUUUACUGAUGUCAUCGGAGGAAACUGUAUGAACGAGCUACAUUUGGAAAGUGGGACUGUUCCACCUAGUUUGUCAAAGGUUGACUUCAGUGAGCUGUGGACUCAACUUCAACUCUCCAGUUGAUGACUUUUUCCUAAUUUACCUGCAUGCAAGGUUAUUGGAUCUGGUGCAAGUUUUCCAAGAGUACUGCAAACCAUGGUGACUGCUGCUGAGCAAUGAAAGUUAUUUCGGUGGUAAAAUUCCAUAAAUAGCCACAGUUCCUCCUUAUUUACUGGACAUUGAUUCGACUGGCAUCUUGUUAGUAAAGGGAAGGCCACCUGAUCUGUGCCUGCUUCCAUGAAGGAAUAUUUUCUUUUCAUUCCCUCAAAACAAGGAAUUGUAUGAUGGCUUCUGUGAAGGAACUUGGAGACACUGCAGUUUUCUCUCUCUCUCUCUCUCUCUCUUUAUAAGUAGACAUUCGGAAGUUUGACCUCAAGAGAAAGAAUGUACUAUACUGUAUUAGGAACAGUAGUAUGGGUAACUACCCCUUAAACUGUCAUUGCCUUUGGACAACUGGCUAAUGUGAUUUAUAAACCACUGACUCUAACCUAUACAGAAGCAAUAAUAAACAAAAAAAAGUGUUUAUUGGAUAAUAAUAUACACUUGGAUUAAUCUGAUGUAACAUUGUGCAGUGGAGAUCUAAUCCAGAAAUAUUUUUAUUAGUUGCUGAAUCACAAUUUC